AGAAAAUCGUCUGCUCAUCAUUUUCGACAGUAAUUCCCCUUCUACUUUCAUCUUUAUACAACAAAAACAACGCCCCGUUUCAUGUUUGUCUAAGGGCACGCGCUGUCGGAACUUCUAAAUCCAACACCCCAAGCCCGACGGUGCUUUGAUGAGCACCGCAUCCCGCUGGGUGAGCCUAUUAUGUUAAAGGGGAUUACGAUAAAUAAUCUCUGAUCUUAAAAUGAAAUUUAAGUUUAAAAAGUAAUAAAAAGUAUUUUCACACAGUUCGUUGCAUACAUUUUAUUUCAUUAUCAAAACAUAUUCUUUUAAUGUGAUGAGGGAAAACUCUAUUUUACAUAGUUUAAUAAUUAAAAUUGAGUAAUAUCUCCCCUUAAAAUGGUACAGUCCAAAAAAUAUAUAAACGCAAAAAAAAUUAUUCUAUGGUAAAUAUCUUUAACAAUGGAAUACCAGAUAGACGUGGACUACCUCAACCUUGCCAGUCAGCUGAUUAAAAAUGCCAGUCAGUGUCAGGAUCACCAACCCCAUCGUGACCUGGGUCAUGACCUCAUGAUGAUGGAACAACCCAAUCGCCAUGGUGACGACACAGAUCAGGACUUCCUGUGCAACAUGGAUACCUUCUUCUUGGACACCUCCGAUGAUGAGCUCCCAAAGCUGCAAGACUCCCUGUUUACCAGACCCCAAGCAGCUACCCACAGGAAGCAGGACCCAGUAUCUAUGAAGCAGCAGCCAGUCUGGGUCAACUUUGACAAUGGUGAUGUGUUCUACUCCAGUACCGGAGAGUUUCCUUGUGCCAGUGAGCUUUCAGGGGAAAAGGAUCUGUGCAACAGUCUUCCAUCGUCAGCUUCAUGCCGUCUUCCUUACCCCAAGAAGUGGCGCAGCAGUCCGUCUUCUUACUUCGAAGAACAGAGCUCUUCCAGUUCUUCGCACCUGUCUUCCAGAAACUCUCCGCCACAUCACGAAGAGGCAUCCUCAGACGCACAACUCUACAAGCUCAGGUCAGCCCUGCAGGAUCUUCAGUACCAGGGUGUGGUGGGAAACGGACUGGUCAACCCUCGUCGUCCUGUGUUCGCCCUCGACGAGAAGGCCUGCGCACUGUGCAAGAAGAACGGCGAGACUCGUGAGUUCUACACCACCCAUGUGCUGAAGGACAACCGCGGCAAGAUCAUCUGUCCGAUUCUCCGCAAGUAUGUGUGUCCAACCUGUGGUGCCACCGGUGACAACGCCCACACGCUUCGCCACUGCCCCGUGAACAAGGCAUCGGAAACCGCAAAGCACAGUUACUGAGGGACUAAACGACUGGUGAAAAAACAUACUGCAUGUAUUUCUGUGGCAGUGAAAGUACAGUGACUAUUUUGUAUAUUUAUAAUAUUUAUAAUUGUGUGAUGCACCAACUGAACGGAUGAAUAGAAACAUUACCUUUCAAAAAAAAAUGUGAAUAAGAAAACAUUUUUUUUAUUUGAUCAUUUGUAUAUAUGAGGAAAAUGUAUGG